AACAAAACAAAAUAAUGUGCCUCCUGUAAAAUUUAUAGAAUUGCACAUACCACCUUUUGCAUAUGGCACGCUUCAGUUAUGAAUAUGGGGUAUAAAAAUAGUUGUAAAGGUAGGUUGACAGUAUCUAGACUAUAUACAUAUAUGAAUGUUUGAUUUUCCUAUUUAAGAACUGAUAUAUUUUUGACCUACAAGUAUGUCAUACCCACAACACAAGAAAUUUAGAUAAUGUUAAUUAUUCUAGCUAGAGUAACUUUAACCUAAAAGACACGAUAUUACAUAUGCAUUAAAGGUCUCCAGUUGCUUGCCAAACACAAUAAAAUUGAUUAACAACGACAACAUUUUUAAACAAGUCAGAAGGCACUUAGUAUAGAGCCAUAUAGUGUAAUAUACUGUUAGAUACUGAAUGCCUCCACUUAAACUGCUGUUGAUUCAGGUCUAAAGGCUGUCGUCGGUUGGAAUUUUGUCCUAACAUUUAGCUAGCAUAAGUGGCAAGCUUGUCUACAUCCAGCAUCGGAAAUGGAAGCACCUCUGAAGAAGCUUGCCACUCGUGCUAGCGAAAUGUUAGGAAGAAAUUCCAACCGACAACGGCCUUUAGAUCCGAAUCAAGACAGCAGUUUAUCAACUGGCCGUGAAAGCCUUAACUAAUCUGUUGGAUGCCUCCACUUAUUUCAUAAUGCUGUUUCUCUUUAUGCCUUGUACCUUGUAACUGCUACAAGAAGGUAAGAUUAAAUUUUUUUUAUUAACUGGUUAAUUGAUUUUAUUUGUUUUCUGUUCAUUCUAUAGCCUACUUUUCAGAUACCCUGUUGAGGCUUCAGUAGAAAAUAAAUAAAAUCCAUUCUGCCUCCAUAUUUGUAGCAGGGGUUUUGAAUCCCUGCAUAGAUUUGUCUAUAUUCCGUAAAAUUUGUGAAAAUACUCACGUCCCAGUCAAAAAUUGGAUUAUCGUGCAUAAAGAUGCUGUUGUGGCAAUAAGAUUCUUAAAGUCGAGAUCCAUGAUUUUUACAAUAUAUCAGUAAUAUCAAUUCAAAUCAGAAAUCACGGACAUACUGAUUAAAACUAGGGGAAACUGCGUUUUCUCUUCAUUCAUCGCAACAUUACUUGGAAUCAUAGUUUCAUUUUCCCUGCAUUUUACAAAUAUUUUUGUUUUGAAUUUUUUGAUGCAAAUGAAAUGUCAGGAUGACAUGUGAAUUACGUGGAUGUGUAACUGUCACUUUCCAGAAAAAUAGUAAACAAAAUCGCCAUUCCAUCUGCUUCCAGUGAUUACUCGUAUCGCUGGUGACAACUAGUACAAUCACUAAACCUUAGCACAAAACACAUAAGACUGAAGAAGUGGGAGCUGCACGUUAAACAAUGGUAACACCGUUGACGUUUUGGCAGAUGGUUGCGCCGCCUACUUGGACUUGCCUGGAGGGACUAUCGAAAGAAUGCCGAGAAUACGCCUGGAAUAAGGGAUGCUAGGAAUGUGCCGGGGAUAUCGUUUAUUCAUAAUUUGAAAUCUGCUGAAAAUUAUAUCUCCGGUAUUGAAUAUAUUUCAUGAACUUAUAUUCAUAAAAUAUCCCUAAUAAGGGUCUCUUUCAGCAGUUUUGCAGAGAAAAAGGUUCAGAAUAAUAAAAUCCAACCCUAAUUAUGAAGCACCAAAUUUAUUUAGUUUAAAAAAAUAUUCAUAUGCUGUUGACAAUGGUGUAAAAAUUGUAUUACAUGAAAAUAUAGAUAGAUUUAUUACAACUUCAUGUUGAGUGUUGCAAAACACAAGUGUCUCACUCCAUUGUACCAUGUACCGCUUCUUGAUAAUUAGUUUGCUCCGUUCUAUGAAUUUCAUUUGUUGGCCUUUCAUACUUUAUAGAACGGUAUCAACUACAAGGAUUAUAAAGAGGCUGAAUCCAGACAUGCACUUUUAAAUGAUCUACCAAAUACAUCAUGCCGAUAUGUUAAGUUAACAGCUUACCUGUAGCACUUUAUGACAUGACAGUCUCCUGAACUUCUGCAUCUCCCACAAUAGUCACAAUACAUCUCACGUAUACCAUCACAGCUACUGAUAGUGUUGCUCUAUAUUUUAUGCUCAUUUUUUACGAAAUAUCUCCAAGAGCAUCAGCGUUAAUAAUCUAGAUAUUAACAAAAUCAAACGCCAUAUUUGAUAUUUUUACAUUCAGAUAAAGAUAGAUAAUCCCAGCAGGGUUGCCAGGUUUUCAGUCACGUUGGUCACCUGGUUUUGAUGAGAAAAUCGCCAGAAAUCGCCAAUCCUUAAGGUGAAAAUUAACUAGGAGUUUAACCAUAAAACUCCAGUGCCCCUAUUCUUGACUUCAAUAGAGAAUCACUACGUGGAGCUUAGUCUACAGAUACUAUUGGUGGUCAUACUGAAUUAUAAUUUUUUUAGCAAAACAGUGCAUGUAAACACGAGUCUAAUUGACAUAACUUUUAUUAUUGUGGUUUUCCUGAACGGUGGUAUUACCUUGUUGCCGCUUUUCUGCCUCAGAAUACUGCCGAACUUUGCUCCAAUCCAAUCUACCCUUUAUUCCUUUUCAGGUUCCCAAGAUCACAACAAUAAAAGCGAAUUUGUGUCACGGUGUAAAUAGGUAAACUUCAGAUUUAAAAACAAUUACCAAACUCUAUGUCCGUCAAUUAAAAAAAAAAUGAGUUUCCAGGCUUCCACCCGAAUGUGGGAUUUCUGGCAAAUCAAAGUAUUCAUUUCAUGCUCGGAUUGCUACUCGUUACUUCGGGUAUCUGUGAGUAACGAGUACUCGAGUAUCGUAUGAUUACUUUGUCAACACCACUAGUAUUUAUGUGACAUGCGGAAUUAAGGUUAUGUCGAUAAACAUCGGUAGAUUAAAAGCAGGCUUACACGAAAAUUACUAUAAUUUUGCUAAAUAAUUAAUAAUGCAUGUCUGUAGCCUUGUCUUUAAGCGAAAAUAACCUUACCUGUUCGUAAUUCAAUUAACUUGUAUCGUAUUGUAACUGUUGAAUCUAAAUUAGCAGCUAUCAUUGAUAACAAGAAGUUGCGAAAAUCAAUAGAUAAAAACAUUUAUUAGACACCGUAUCCGUGUGCAAAUACUUUGUACCUAGUUUAUCAAGCACUAUAAGCUUUCCUGACCGUGCUUGUCGUCAAUCUUUUAAACAAGCAAGUGAAACAAAUUGUCUAUCUUCAUACAUCCAAAAUGGCCAAAUACAACUUGGGUAUUGACAUUGGUACUACUUCAGUCAAAGUCUGUAUAGUAAAUCUUUCUACCAAUGAGGUCGAAGCUCAGCAUGUUAAGGACACUCAGUCAAAUAUCCCCAGUGAUACAGGGCAUAGUGGAAAUAAGCAGGAUGUGUUCAAAAUCAUUUCUACUUUGAAUCUGUGUGUAUCCAAACUGCCAAAGCAUCUACUACAAGAGGUGGAGGCUAUAGGGGUAUGUGGUCAAAUGCAUGGGGUAGUAUUUUGGAAGAAUGAUGCUACUCAGAAGGCAUGGGAAAUUAUAGAAAAGGAUACAACAAUCAGAUAUGAUGUGGUGCCUGAGAGAGUUUCAAACUUGUACACAUGGCAGGACAAUCGAUGUGACUCUGCUUUCCUUGAUAGGUUACCAAAACCUCAAUCGCACUUGAACAUUGCCUCUGGGUUUGGAUGUGCCACCAUGUUUUGGAUGAAGAAACAUAAACCAGAGAAGUUGAAGAAAUACAACUGCUCGGGAACAAUAUCUGAUUUUGCUGUAGCAAUGUUAUGUAACAUGAACAAACCAAUGAUGUCAUACCAGAAUGCUGCUAGUUGGGGGUAUUUCAACUGUGCUACAAAACAAUGGAAUAAAGAGGUGUUGCAACAGGCUGAUUUUCCUGUGAAUUUAUUGCCAGAAGUUGGGCAGAGUGGAGCAAUUGCUGGAAGCUUGGCAGGAGAUUGGCAUAGUAUACCUAAAGGAACACCUGUAGGUAUAGGCCUAGGAGAUUUGCAGUGCUCUGUUCUAUCUACGGUAGAACGGUCCACAGACGCAGUUCUGAAUAUCUCCACCUCUGCACAAAUCACCUUUGUGGUAGACCAAUACCAGCCCUCUUCUGGGCCCCCUAAGGCGUCUGCAGUGGAUCACUUCCCCUACUUCGGGCACCAGUACAUCGCUGUUGCCGCUUCGCUCAAUGGUGGCAAUGCUUUGGCCACUUUCGUCAAAAUGUUGCAACAGUGGACCCUCGAAUUGGGCUUCAACGUACCUCAAUCAAAAGUUUGGGAGAAACUGCUGAGCAUUAGUCUUGAGGACACUGCAGUUUCUGAUUUGCAGGUACGGCCGACUUGUCUGGGUGAGAGACAUAGCCCAGAUAGAACAGCAUCUGUCAGCAACAUUCAUGUUGGUAACCUACAUUUGGCGCAGGUCUUUAGAGCUCUUUGUAAGGGGUUGGUUGAAAACAUGCGAAGCAUGAUGCCCAGAGAGAUCCUGCAAGAAGCAAAAAUCGACAGAAUAGUUGGCAAUGGUUCAGGCUUAUCAAGAAACAAAGUGCUACAGGCUGAAGUGCAACAACAGUAUCUUCUUCCAUUGGUAUUCACCAAAGGCGGGGAUUCGGCUAAAGGUGCUGCUAUAGCAUUUAGCCAAAAAGAAGAAUAGAAACGUAUUUUGACGUUGAAAAAUGUUAGGGAAUUUGAUGCUGUAAAAAAUAAUUGUAUAAUUGUGUAAUGAUCUGCAUAUCAUUAUAUGUCUACAAAAUGUCUAUCAAAACAGAGUAACAUUUAUCUGCAACUAUCCGUGAACCCACACGAGUAGCUCUCAAUACGACUUGGUAACUUCUGCAUUUCUACGCGAAUUGAAAAAGGAACUUUCGAAUGUGCUAUUAUCUAGUGAAACUUAUACCUCUGCGGCACACAAAAAAUGAAAAAUAGGCAAAAAAAACCGUAGUGUUUUGACAUCUGCGUGGCGAUCGUACCCAUCUUUGAAGUCUUGAAAACUGAUUUAUUCAGUCCUUUUAUCAUUUUUUACUCAGACAGACUUAUUUUCCUAAAAACUUUUCUAGUAUUCUAAUUCGAUGCAAAUUCAAAACAGUAUAGAUAGAAAGAAGAAGAAACAUAAUUGAGCCGCUCUGUAUAUUAUAAGCCUGGCACAGGAUGUAGCCUGACUUCAUUAUUGAUUGUCCGAUUCAAAGCCAUAUUUUUUAUUUCUAAUUUAAUUAUGACCAGCCAAAUAAUAGUAAAAUACUUCAUGCUUCCGUAUGACCUAUAUACGUAUUACCAAAGGCAUUUUUGAUGGUUAUGUUGUUUGUUGAAUGUUAUAAUUUUAGUUAUCAAAGUAUUCACACUUUGUGUAUAUGUGUUGAGCAAGGAAAAACUUUAUCAGUUUUAGAAACUUUUCUGUGAUAACAUUGUAUGCUUUUCAUUAUUUUAUAUUUGUUGCAUGGUAAAUCAGAGUAAAGCAAGUGCCCUAUAUUUAUACAACUAUUUCUAAUGCGUGAAUAAAUCCGCACUUCUCAUA